AUGUCAACAUGUAUCAUUUAUCUAGAAAGUUAUUACGUUUUAUGGACUAUUACUGCCUCGCGUGGUUUGCCAAGUACCGGAACACGUUACGUGGCUGCACGCUACAUGCAAGACUAUUUCGAUCCACCCCCAAGGCAUGCGAGAAAUUUCACACUGGGUGCGCUGCCGACCGUCAAACGUGCGAAACGAUUCGCUUCAGCGCAACCGGAAAAUUCCGUGUCGGCUGAAACAACCACAAAUUUACUCCUGGUUGAUGUGUUCACCGCAGGAAUGGACCUGGAAAUCAACUUUGACAAUAAGCUACUGGUCGUCGGUCAAGAAUACAAAGCUUUUAUUCGAGCCUGUGUAUUUCAAGAUGACCAGUCAACCGGGACCGGUCCAAACGCAUGCACCUCGUCCGAUUGGUCACUCGGUUUCGGUCCGGAUCGACCGGUGCUGCCGUGGAACGCAUUAGGUCAGUCGGAACUGGACGAGUAUGGCCCACACUCUUUGCACGGAGCUUCGGACGAUGGACCCGGACGUUCACGCAGUUCCGGUCCAUUUGGUUUUCAAGUUGGUGGAAACGAUUUGUUUGUGAUUGCCGUGGUAGCGGUGAUUGUUGGUCUGACUCUGGUCGCUGUGAUCUGCAUCGCCUUCGGUUGUUUUAUGCGGCGAAUCAUGAGCCGUCGCGUGGAACUGAUGAAGACUGCGGUGGUGGUGGGGCGGGGCGGGGGGAGUGAGAAAGAUCGAGUUUCCGAUUUCCAAACAUAG